AUGUUAAUUCAUUCAAAACCUCAAUAUCGAGAUUGGAGACCUUAUGGAAUCAUCCAAAUAGUGCCGGCACCGAUAUCACAGCCAUCUAUACCGGUUCAAAGUAACCCGUCGCAAUUAGCGCCUUGCAACUGUCCUACAUCAGCUUCAAAUCAGGGUAUCGCAACUGCCGCUUCCUGCAAUUCUUGUGUUCCAAAUCAAUCCACGCCUGCUCCUACCCCUGCAUCCACACAAAUAGUACCAAAAGUGCCUGAACCUUGCAACAAAUCUACACCAAAACCGGAACCUUCGACUGCUGCCCCCUGUGCAACACCUGCUCCUACCCCUGCACCCACACAAAUAGUACCAAAAGUUCCUGAACCUUGCAACAAAUCUACACCAAAACCGGAACCUUCGACUGCUGCCCCCUGUGCUACACCUGCUCCUACCCCUGCACCCACACAAAUAGUACCAAAAGUUCCUGAACCUUGCAACAAAUCUACACCAAAACCGGAACCUUCGACUGCUGCCCCCUGUGCAACACCUGCUCCUACCCCUGCACCCACACAAAUAGUACCAAAAGUGCCCGAACCUUGCGUCAAAUCUACACCAAAACCAGAACCCUCGACUGCUGCCCCCUGUGCCACACCUGCCCCUACUCCUGCACCGACCCAAAUAGUACCAAAAGUGCCAGAGCCUUGCGUCAAAUCUACACCAAAACCAGAACCCUCGACUGCUGCCCCCUGUGCUACACCCGCCCCUACCCCCGCUCCUACACCAGCUCCCACCCAAGUAGUACCAAAAGUGCCUGAACCAUGUGAUACGUCAGCACCGAAACAGGAAAUAAAGGUAACGCCAGCACCGGCUGUCAUAUCACAGACACAAGCACCGACCAAUGCUCCUUCUGUCGCAACCAACUGCCGAAACGGUGAAAUCUAUCCCUCAAGCUGCGGCAGCUGUGACCAGUUCCUUAUGUGCUACAACAGAGUGCUGGUCUUGAUGAUCUGUCCACCCGGCCUAGCAUUCAAUUAUAAUACAAAGAGCUGUGAUUGGUCAGCAAACGUACCGUCGUGUAGUGCUCGAGGUAAUUUCUUAAAU